UCUGUCACUCCACCCGGCUGGGAGACCUGCCACAGUUGAAACUAUCAGCACAAGCAAACACAUCUGUUCCACAAAAUGUCGUUUGAUCGGAAUACGAACAACACCCAAGAGCCCACAGCGGCAGCCUCGAGCGACCCUCGGGAGGAGAGCCUGGUGGAGAGUCUGAUGGAGAAUCUGGUGCACAUUCGCGUGCAGCAGCGCAGCAGCAGCCGCAAGACGAUCACCACCGUCCAGGGCCUGGCCGCCGAGUUCGACCUGAAGAAGAUCACGCGCGCCUGCCGCAAGGAGUUCGCGUGCAACGGCACCGUCACCGAGCACCCCGACCAGGGGCUGGUCAUCCAUCUGGAGGGGGACCAGCGCGAGAACGUCCGCCAGUGGCUGAUCAAGAUGGACCUCUGCAAGCCCGACCAGCUGAAGCUGCACUGAAUGGCGACGGCCCCCAGGCCCUUGAACGCCUCCCUCCCCCCUGAGGCUCUCCUUGUUCUGUUUGUUUUUUGCUCCUUGAAACCCACGAAACCCACGCAAUCCACCCACAAUCCCGCAUCUACUUCUGCUAGAGAACCAUUGAAUGGAAUUUGAGCAUAAAAUUAAAUGUUAAAUGCAAUACAAAAAGGAAUACCAAAAGAGA